CAGUAGGCCACGCUUAAUGCUCACGCCAUUAUUAACAAUAAUAACUGAAGAUUCAUGUGUCUCUGGCCACGUCUUAAUCAGAAUCAAAUCAAUAAUGCCAAAAUUGGAUUAUUAUGAAGCCAUAGAAGGUAUUUGUCAAUAGAUUAGGGUUUUACUAUUUUGUUGCAGAUAGUUUCAGAAUCACACCAUAAAAAUAUAAUAACACCAAAUUCCAUCCACAAACAGAAUCAUGGUAUUUUAGAAGUUUCACUUCAUUCACCGGGUAGGGAUUCAAUUUUGAUUUUCAAUACAUUAUAUGCCAAAGGGCCUUUUCGGGUGUGUGAUAUUUAGAAGAUUUGAGAUCGCAGGUUGCAAUUUUACAUGGAUUCCUUGGCGAAUGUAGUUGAAUUUGCUAAAUGGUGAAAUCGAGUUGUUGAAGUAAUGAUUCCUUGUACUCGAAGUUUACAAGGUUGAAAGCUUUAUCGAUUUAUUUGGUAAAAAGAUGGAGGGUAAUGCAAAUUUAGGUGGUAUUGGAAGAGAGGAAGAUGAGUUUUACAGUUGUUGUGAAGAUGAGGAAGAAGUGUGGAAGGAAACUCAAAAGGAAGAAAUGAAGGAUGAACUUGAUGAAUUUUCAGUGAAGAUGUUCUUCAAGGGUUUGGCAAUAUCUGGGGUUGAGAAUUCAGGUUCUGGGUUUUCUGGAAUUGGAGUGUUCAUGGAAAGAGCAUCAGGUCUGCCCAUUAUUCGGGUGCAAAAAAGGCUUGAUUUUUAUGCAGAGGAGCCACUGAUUGAUUACUUGGCACUCAUGGAUGGUUUGAUGGAAGCUAGAGAGAACAAGAUUCGCAGGGUUUAUGCUUUUACAGAUUCCGAAUUGUUGCAUCAUCGGAUAACAACAUUAGAUGAAACUAUUGAGAUGCCACUUUUGGUUGCACUGAGAGAAAGGAUUAUGGAACAUGCCAAUAAUUUUGAAGCUUUUACUCUGAAUCUUGUUCCAAGUAUUGAUCUUGAGCAGCCACUGCAACUAGCCAAAGUAGCAAUUGGACUUGUCUCUUUUCCGGUAAAUGGCAAGAGUUUACUCGAGAGCUGUUCUAUUUGUUGUGAGGACAAGCCACUGCCAAUUAUGGUCACCAUGAAGUGUCUACACAAGUUCUGUUCGCAUUGCUUGAGGGACUACGUUGAUAGAAAAGUCCAAUCUUGUCGAGCCCCUGUAAGAUGUCCUGAACCACGAUGCAAGUAUUACAUAUCUGCCUCCGAGUGUAGGUCUUUCCUACCAUUCACAUUGUUUGAAUCUUUUGAGAAAGCACUUGCAGAAGCAAAAUUACUCGAUUCAGAUAGGAUUUACUGUCCAUUUCCAGAUUGUUCUGUUCUCCUUGAUCCCCGUAAAUGUUUAACAGCCGGGGCUAGUUCAUCUAGUCAGACAAAGAGUUCUUGUGUUGAAUGUCCUGUUUGCCAGAGGUUUAUUUGUAUUGGCUGUAAGGUUCCCUGGCAUUCAUCCAUGAGCUGCGAAGAAUUUCAGAAUCUUCCGGAGGAGGAAAGAAAUGCUUCUGACAUUACUUUGCAUCGCCUUGCUCAGAUAAAAAGAUGGAAGCGCUGUCAGCAAUGUCGUCAGAUGAUUGAACUUAUUCAUGGUUGUUACCACAUGACAUGCUGGUGCGGUCACGAGUUUUGUUAUUCUUGUGGUGCUGAAUACAGGGAAGGUCGACAGACAUGUCAGUGUGUAUUUUGGGAUGAAGACAACUCCGAAGACUCAGUGUCUCACUCACUUCAAGAAUCAGAACAAUGGGCAUGGGAGACUUUCAAUUCUCUCCCCAUGAUCAUGGGUGCAUAUUCUGACCAAGAAAGAUCACAACUUGACCUUAUUCAAAGGUUUCUAGCUGGAGGUUUAGAUCUAAAUGAACAUCAUCCUAACCGAUCUCCUCCCCGCCGUACAGAGUCGUAUGUUGACCCAAUGAAGGAUCUACAGCAGUUUCCGUGGCUCGAGAGAUUUGUCUCUGUGAUAAGAGAUGACUAUGAAGAUUAUAUUCAAUGAAACUUCAGAUCUUUGUCUUCCUAAUGAGUUGCUCAAUUUCAAUCUCAACAAAACUUUGAUUGGAUGGAGAAAGAAUUUCUUCCUUUUUUUCAGUUUGCGUGAGGUGUAGCUGAAAUUGUGGCUUACCUUUUUCUUUCAUGUAAUUUCUUACAUUUGUUCCUCAUUGGGACAUCUUCGACCUAAGGUCCUUGGAUAUAACAUGGUGAAGAUGUUUUUAGUAAAGGAGCACAAUGAAGAAUUUGUUCAUGAUGGUUUUGAUAUAUGGUUCUGUGCUUCUAAUUCGAAUGAGGCUACAUCACCCUAAUAAUACUUUUAGGUCUCUGAUCUUGUCACAGUCGAGCCACUAUUUCAUA